AUGGCAACGAAACGAAUGGCGAUCAGUGAUCUGGGUUAUACCCCAGGUCUCCUCCCUUCUGGACCAAAGAAUUCUAUUCUUGAUGUUCCUGGUAUGUAUAUCUUGCUUUCUUUUUUUAAAAAAAGAUUGUUACAAGUAGAAAGAUGGUAUUUACUAAUGAUGUUUUCAGGUGUCCAUGUGGGACAAGUCACAGUAGGAGAUGACGGUGAUGAAGUCCGACAUGGCGUAACUGUCAUCCUCCCUCGCCAUGAAGAUGAAAACCAGAUCCCGUGCUAUGUGGCGAUUCACACGCUCAAUGGGAAUGGGGAGCUUAGUGGGAGUUAUCAGGUUAAAGAUUGGGGGUAUACAAAUACCGUUUGUCAUCUUUCCUUUCUUUGCCUUCCUACAAUCAUAUUCGCUUCCCUGAAUUUUGACAAGGCUAAUGUGAAAUAGCCAAUUGCCCUCACGAAUUCCCUAAGCUUCGGCAUCGUCUUUCAAACAAUCUGGGAAUGGACCCUCGCCCAAGCCCAAGAGAAAGGAAGGGACCUCACAGAUAUGUCAUAUAACUACGGAACACCCGUCGUGGCCGAAACGGCUGAUUGGUUGUUGAACGACGUCUUCAAGUCUGCACUGACACCGGAAAAUGUGCAUGCUGCAUUCACAGCUGCGAAAACACAGACGGAAGUGUUGGAAGGCCAGCAUGGUGGUGGUACGGGGAUGACUUGCCAUAUGUUUCCUGGCGGCACUGGGACGAGUUCGAGGGCUGUGAAGGGGGAUGAGAGCGGGAAGGAGUAUACUGUGGGAGUUUUGGUGCAGAGUAAUUAUGGUCAUAACUAUGAUUUGCAGAUUGCGGGUGUGCCGGUAGGAAAGUUGUUGUUGAAGGAGGGGGAUAUAGGGACGCCUAAGGCGAGGGCGAGUAAGGCGGAGGGAAAGGCGGAUGAUGGGAGUAUUGUUAUUGUUUUGAUGUGAGUGUUUUCUUUCUAGGUGGGGAUGCGAACUGAUGAGAAUAUAGAACUGAUGCACCGAUGCUACCUCAUCAACUCAAUCGCUUGGCUAGACACUGUGCUGUCGGUCUUGCCCAAGGUUUGUAGAAAUCCAUUUCCUAUUCCAGAUUAAACGAGAAAGCUUGCUAAGAUGUUUUCCUGAAAAUAGUUGGUGGCCACGGAAUCGGUCGUAACUUCUCAGGAGACAUCAUCCUCGCCAUCUCAACUGGAAACAAAACCGUCGAGCGUGUCAUGACACCACAAGUUCUGGGCGUGGUACCGGUAGAAACCAAUACGAUCGAUAUCAUCAAGAAUGGAAGCGUGGAUACCUUAUUCAGAGCCGCGAGCGAGGUCACAGAGGAGGCUAUCUUGAACAGUAUGAUUGCUGGAAGAGAUGGGAGAAGGGGGUAUAAUGAUAUGGAAUUACCAGGACUUCCGGUUGAGCGAGUAAAGGAGUUGCUCGGUAAGUAUCGUGCGGUUGUUUGAGUUGGCAGGAUUGUUUGGCUGUCUGGCUGAGAAUUGGAAUGCGGUUGUGGUGGAAUACAUUCUUUACAUUCAUUAUUGUGAUGCUGGAGACAACAACGAAUCUAGGCGUAUGGAGAUGGUUUUCUUGUCACUUGACACGAUCACUGAUCGGUUCCAGGUACUGUCUGUACCGAAUGUACUUGGUCUCGUGUUGUUUCACCAAACAAGCGCAAUGUCGUAUUUGACGGAAAGCACCGAGAAAUAGUCAUUUCGAAUCUAGAAGCC